AUGAAUGAUUGUGAUUCAUGCUGCUAUGGAUUUUGGUGUACACCAUGUCUUUUUGGUUCAAAUGCGAAGAAAAUUGAUGAUAGCAAUUGUGUGUUCAUGUGUUUGGCUUAUUCUUGUCUGGCCGAAUGUGGUUUAAGUUGGUUACUUCAUUGUAUGAAACGAAAAAGUCUUCGAGAUAAAUAUAAUUUACGUGAAGAUCCAAGUUGUGGUGAUUGUCUAACAACAUUGUGCUGUGAUUCAUGUGCUCUUUGUCAAGAAGCUCGUUUUCUUAAAGCACAAAAUGCCAAGAAAGUGUUCACCGGUCCAUACGUCAUUCGACCAACUGGUUACAAUGGAAAAUGA